AUCAAUAAUAGACUACUGGAACAUCGAUUUUUAACUGUAGCAUUCAAUACACUUUAUUGGAUUCGAUAAAUAAAUAUAUGUAUUCUAGUUUUAAUGACUAAUUUUCUGUGAAUUUACAUAUUUAAAGCAUCCAUGGAAGGACAAGUAACUUCUAGUAGUGAACAGGCAGACACAGAAACUGGAAGUGAUAAUACUGCUAUAGGAAUACCAACAGGCGAAACUCAAAAUGAACAAAUAGUAUCUAUUCCAUCAAGUGAUCCUCCAAUAGCUACCAAAAAACCAGCAACACCAGAAUUAUCUUCAAAAGAAAAGAUGGUUAGAGAAUUAGAAAAAAUGAAACGAGCAGACUCACUUAAGGAGGAAUGGCGCACUUAUGAAUAUAAAAAGUUAUGCAGAAAAAAUAAAGAUGAUUUGGAGAGACAAAGACUUUCAAAAGGAGUAGAAUUAAAUGCUGGUGUAAAUGAAGCUAAGCAGGCCAUUAAGAAAAUAACAGACGAUGAAGAAUUUUUCGCUCUGAAGAAGCAGCGGAGACAUUUUAGAGAAGAAUCAGCAUUAAUCAGAAGAAAACUUGAAGAGAAAAUGGGAAUUUUGAUUCGGAGAGAUAACCCAGAACUUAAACAAAUGGUGGAAACAUUCAUAUUCAAACCAGAAGAUAAUUCAACAAUUCCUGAACAUAUAUUAAAGGUUUUGUCGUGGUCAGAAAUUGAAGAUCUCAAAAAAGCUUUUGAUUUAUUUGACAUGAAGAGCAAAGGAUAUAUAAAUGCAAGAGAUGUCAAAAGAAUAGCAAAGAUGCUUGGAUUUAGAGCAACCAAAGUAGUGUUUGAUGAAAUGAUAAGUGAAUUAGCAGGUCCACCUAAAGACAGAGUGACAUUUAUAAACUUUCUAGAUUUCAUUGUAAAGAGUCAAGGAGAAGGUCCUGAUCCAUAUGAUGAAAUACUUCAGGCUUUCAAAAUAAUGGACACAGAGGAAAAUGGAUUUCUGACUUUAGCUGAUCUUAAACAAAUAUGUGAGGGUGUAAACUUAAACUUUUCAAAUAAAAUCAUACAAGAAAUGAUUGAAGAGGCUGACAAUACUGGAGAUGGAAAGAUUUCAUUAACAGAAUUUACCAGUAUCAUGUGCCAAACAGGACGUUUCAAAAAUUGUGCUCCAAAAUAAAUAUUGAAAUUGU